AGCAGGUGCAGCAGCAACGCUCUUGGUAUUUCAGCUUGGUCAAAUUCAACGUUGCCGCUACUCCCAUGUCGCUUACGCCAGAGGCCGUGGAAGCCAAAUUCGCGUCUCUUAAUGAUACCCAGGACAGCAUCACAGGCAUCGCCCACUGGGUGAUGUUCCAUAAGCGUUAUGCUAACGAAAUCGUUCAAAUUUGGCUUCAGACUUUACACGAAGCUUCUGGAAACAAAAAACUGUUGCUGCUUUACUUACUUAACGAGGUCGUACAGCAGUCGCGUGUAAAAAAACGCACGGAGUAUAUUGAUGCAGUUGCACCGUUCGUUGUCGCUUCUGUCUCCUCGGCUUACCAUUCUGUGCCUAGUGCAACAAAAACGAAAAUAAAGUAUGUGUAUGACAUUUGGUGUCAACGCAAUAUCUUCUCCAAAGACAUCCUUAACGAAAUGAACAAGUCAUUUUCCAAUGCAAAUGCUACAUAUGGCCAAAGCUUUGGCCCGAUGGGACCACUAGACUGGUCGCCCGUAGCUGAAAUGUUAAUCCAAACAAAAAUAUUUGGCAAGUCUGCUUCUACAACGAAGACGGCUGUCGAUGCUCUCUGGGGCUCUUUAACACAGGACGGUGCCUCCGUGACUUCUGCUAGUAAGGAACGGCGUGCCCAGCUUGAGACAGCCAUUCGAGCUUGUCAGGAAGAACACAAAAAGAGUAUCGAAGCUCGGAACUCCUUUAUUGAAGCUUUAAACUCCAUUAUACUCGAUCAAAAAACUCUCACCGAACAAGAAGACGCUAGUGUGCGCGAACUUGACGAGAAACUUGCUUGUCUCACCGGAGCCAGUAGCGGCAAUGCUGUGGGUGCCACAUCGGGAGAUGAUAUGGCUGCCGCUACAGCAACGGCACCUACGGCUACUGUUCCUGAAACCUUACAAACCCAGCAAUCCCCCUCGGUGUCACAUCAAGAACCCGAAGAACUGACAGAACCCGGAGCGAAGUCAGCAUCGUUCACGCCGCCCAUUGCCAACGAUGUACUAAGCAGUCUCGAUAAUCUUGAUCCAAGCAUACGGGCCCUUUUGGAGAAUGGAUCCCUCAAUCCUAGUAUUUAAAACCCAGCAACGUCUCGCGCGCUUUCACUCCAAAAAAGCUUUCGUGUUAAAUGACUACCAAACACCCAUACGUCUCUGGCUUUGUAUCGUAAAUGACCUUUUGUAUAGAAUUCUAUCUCUCUUGAACCUAUUCUCCUGCGUCAAAUUUUUUGGAGUAACCGUCCGCGGUACUCUUCAUUACUGAAGCAUCACUGUGUGUAACUCAUGUCCUACCGCGAAAAAUGUGUCAUCACUCUUUAGUCCUCGUCCCAGUUAGGGUUGGGUCCAGGAGGCUUGGGACCACCGGCAGGCUUUGCCAUUACGACUUGGUCGACACGAAGUACCGUAAGCACGGUUUCUGUAGCAAGCUUCAGAGCCGAGGCCUUGACAGACAAGACAUCAAAGAUGCCGGCUUCGCGAACAUCGAUAGUUCCGUCAUUCUCACACUAGAAAGAUAUGUUAGCAAAAAGGGAAACGAAUAAAAAAAAUCAUAGCUUGAACACUCCCCCGCAAUAAACGACUUACAUCAACGUCAACACCAAUGGUGCUCGUUUCAUUGUUUUGGUGAGCAGCGUAAAGUUUGCUAACAAUGUCUGUUGCCUCUAAACCAGCAUUUUCCGACAAGGUCUUAGGAACAACUUCAAAAGCCUCAGCAUAUUGCUUAAUAGCGUGUUGGUAUAUGCCAGGCGUCCGCUCGCCCAAAGCAAGCAACCGUGAGCAUAACUGCAUCUCCGUAGCACCUGCACCGGGGACAAGACGGUUGUCCUUGAUGAGAGCCUUCACCACGUUCACAGCAUCAUCAAUGGAACGCUCCACAUCCUCCAAAAAGUUUUGCGUAGCACCACGAAGAACGAUGGUAGCUGUCCGUGUAACAUCGUCCGUUUGACGGAAAAUCGUUACCCGGUCUCCUCCAAUUUCGCGCGUUUCCACAACGUCGAUAGAACCCAUCUCCUCAGGCAUGGGCACACCCAAACGAGCCAAAGGCGUAGCACCAACAACGCGACACAAACGACGGAGUUCGAACUUGCUUGGGAUACGGAUGACAAGAAUGUCAUAACGGUUCAAGUAAUGCAAGGCAAGUUCGCCGACAUUGGCGCCCGUGACAACAACACGAACACCAGCAUCAUGAAUUUCCUUGAUGUGAGACUCCAUCAACUCCUCUUCACCCUUUGAGAAAUCGAGCAUUUCCUUGGCGUUGUGAAGAAGAACUGUUCCCUUCGUCUCGGUUUGUGAAAUGUCAAUGGGACAGGAGAAAACGGCGACCUUUGACUUGCUGGCCUUUUUCACAGUACCUUCGGGUUCACGAGGGAAAACCAUUCCCUUGACAACUUGGGAUGAUGAAAGAUUGUUGCCCAUAAUCUUUACAACGCGCACGUUAUCGACAUUGAACUUGGCGGGAUCCUUAGGCAUCACCGUCAACACAGCCUCAGCAACAAGUUUGGCCAAAAGAUCUUCGCGACCAUAUUGUUUCGAAGCGAUGCAGCUGCGAAUGGCGGUCUCCAAGUCAUCGUUGCUUUCGACCUUAUCAACCUUUUGGACAACGAGCUUUUCAAUGAUUUCGCUGGUGUUUUUCCAGGCAAUCUCGUAACCCUUGGAAAUCUCAGAUGGAUGCAAGCCAAGGCGAAGCAAGUUUUCAGCACGAGCCAACAAUUCGCCAAUGAAGACAAUAACCAAAUUUGUGCCGUCUCCGAGCUGAACAUGUGUUAAUAGAAGGAAACAGAGCAUGCGACUUGUCCGUUUCUUCAACCCUCCUCUUGCAAAGAGCGUAUCGAUACAAAAUGGGGAUGAAACACAGGGACAUACCUCAUUUUCUUGUUGCUGACUGGCCAUCACGGCAAGCUUCGCAGCAGGGUGAACGACCUCGAGUUCACGAAUGAUGGUAGCAGCAUCGUUGGUCAAGAAGGUUUUGUUCAAAUGGUUGAUAACUUUAAUUUGAGCGUGUUAGAGAAUGAACGUUUGUUUUCAGUAGAGUCAAACACAUACCAAUUUUGUUACGUCCAUUAGGACCCAAGGACGUUCUAGUCUGCCAAAAAUGUUAGAAACCACACUGAAAACGUCCAAAAACGCGCGUACGAUUUCUGACAAUUCACGAAUCGCGUUGCAAUUACGAAUAACCGCAUCUUCAACACCUUGCAUGACACGGUAUCCCUCACGGAACAAUUGAGGGCCAGAGGCCUUUGGUACACGAAGCGCCAUUGUGUAAAAACAAAAAGGAACCCGGUUUUCCUCUUUUAGGUAGAGGGAGAGAGGAGGAGUCCGUUCACACUAGGAAGACGUGGGAUACGGAAAUGUGUUGGGGAUCCUUAUUUUAAUUAUUGAGUUCGUACGAUGGGCAACGAGGUUUGUGUACAAAACAAGACAUAGUAAUAGAAAAGAAGAAUUGGCAGA